UUUAACUCUUCAACGAACCCUAAAAAAACCACCCACUUUGACAGCUUUAUGGCCACCAGAAUCGACGGCGAUUCCUCCAGAAAAUCAGCCUCCGAUCCGACCUGUAUAACCGAUCUCUCGAUAUCUAUUCGGAUCCUCAGUCCUUGCUCCAGUCCGGGUUUUUGAAGUCUAUACACAAUGGAUGAUGUUACUGAUUUGACCGGUGACGGAGGUGUUGUUAAGAAGAUCAUAACACGGGCCAAAGCUGAUGCUCUCAUCCCGUCUCAGGAUCUUCCGUUGGUUGAUGUUCAUUAUGAAGGCACUCUUGCUGAAACUGGUGAAGUUUUCGAUACUACACAUGAAGAUAAUUCCAUCUUCUCCUUUGAGCUCGGAAAGGGCACGGUUAUUCAGGCUUGGGACAUUGCUAUAAAAACUAUGAAGGUUGGUGAAGUUGCGAAAAUAACUUGCAAGCCGGAGUAUGCCUAUGGUGCUGCUGGAUCUCCCCCCGAUAUCCCACCUAAUGCAACCCUUAUAUUCGAGGUGGAGUUACUGUCCUGCAGGCCACGGAAAGGUUCCAGUCUUGGUAGUGCUUCAGAGGAGAGAGCUAGGCUAGAGGAGCUGAAGAAGCAUAGGGAACUCGCCGCUGCAGUGAAGGAGGAAGACAAGAAGAAGAGAGAAGAAGCAAAAGCCGCGGCCGCUGCUCGUAUUCAAGCCAAGUUGGACGCCAAGAAAGGUCAAGGAAAGGGUAAGGGCAAAGGCAAAUAGUUAAAGAAGGAUUUUACAUAU